AUGGUGGCGUUUGCGGUUGCGCUGGUAAUCAUCUCAUUCGCCAGAACAGUCUCGGCAGCUGUUCCACCGUAUGCAAGAGAUGAGCUUGUUAAUCUUGGUAAGGAACUCCGUGAGUACACGCUACAGGCAACUGAAAAUAUCAAAAAGGCGAAUGAUCUGGUGAGAUCUAUAAGGACUAUGGUUGAGAAUCUCAGGCUCUCUAGCAAUAACAGAGGACAUUCAAAUGAGAUAGUUGACGAUCUAAUCGCUUUUGAACGUAAAGUUGAUGAAAGCAGAAAAAAGGGAAACCCCAAAAUGACCCAAAUAUUCCGCAAUUCUAAUACAUUGGCAAUCGAAAUUAACCAAAUCCUGGAUGAUGAAAAUGAAGAUGCCUUAUUACCAAAGAUACAAGAGGCAAAACAAGUAUUGGAACAGAACAAAAACACCCUAGGAGAGAUCACAAGACAAUAUGAGGAGCUUGUGAAAGAAUUUAAAAUGAAAGGAAAUGCAUCAGCACGUGAUACUGCCUAUGGUGGUAAUUAUGAAAAUUACAAUCACAUGCCUCACCAGGGGGAUGCAAACGGAUCUCAAUGGCAAUAUAGGGAACAUGAAGGAGUGAACCUGAGCCCAGAGCCUACUGAAGAUGAACUCCGAAAUCUACUAGAGUCGAAUAAAAUUCCAAAAUUCUCCAGAGAUGACUUUAUUACCAUUGCAACAGCUUUAGGAAGGUUACUGAAUAAAACGAAUAAAAAAUUCAAUAAAGAUGAAAGGGUGAUGACAAAUAUGCUUGAUCGUACAAGGAACAUGUUUAAAAAGGCUCUGUCCAUGAUUGAAAAGGCAGAUGAAUUCCAAAAUACCGAACGAUUGCAUAUCGAAUACCAGAGAUUUGUAAAGUAUAAGGAUGAAGCAGAAGGACUUUAUCGUAUUUCAAUGGAAACUAUAGGGAAUAUUAAAGAAGAUAAGGAUCUAGUAAUUAAAAGGAUUGAAACUUUAAUAGCAGAACUUGCCCAUUUUGGCAAUGAUGUGCCCAUAGAAAAUGAUUUGGAAAAGGUAUAUAUACGACUCUGCAAGGAGAUUCUAAUAAAAAUUGGAGAAAUCAGGGAAAAAACAUUGGACUUUUCAUCAAAAUCCACAAAGAUCCAUGGAAUUUUCGAAUCUGUUAAGCAUUUUUUUAAUCUCGUAGAGGUGUACUAUGACAAGCUAAUUUUUGAGAGAAUGACCAAUAAUGCAAAAAAACAGAAUACUCAAGAUAAAAAAUCAGAGUCUCAAAAUGAAAAUAAACCUAGCGAGCCAUAUCCACGGAAAAGUGAAAUACCUGCGGAUGCCGAAAAAGAAAAUGCCGAGCCAAACGCCAGUGGAACUUUUUCAGAAAAUGUAUCUGAACCAGACGGAAAUGGAAAUAAAAUGAGAAAUGAUGACCCAGAAGAUAGUCACAAGAAACAUGACGAGAUACAUAAAAAGCCAGAGGAAGAACAAAUGCCAAAAACAUCAAAUGAUCAUUCGAAUUAUCCUGUUAAAAAGGCCAAGGUUAGAUCGAAUAUUGCAUCUGAAAGUAGUGUUAAAGAUGAGGAUUAUAAAGAGGAAGAUGUUAAUAUCCAAGAUGAUCAUGAAAGGAUAAAAGAAACUAAAGAACCUAUGAGAUUAAGAAAUACCAAUGAAACCGAUGGUACAUUAUUACAUGGGUUUAAUUCUGUCAUAUUUGUGAUGAUUUGCAUUGCACUAAUGUAA